GUAUCAUUCGCUUUGUUGCAAUUGCAAUUUGUUACAUCUUGAGCUUUUUUUUAAAUUGACAAAAUGAAGUUCAUCAUUCUUCUCGCUGUAGCUACUUUUGUCGUGGCAGAGCCACCUCUAUCUAAAAGCUAUCUACCCCCGUCAUUUGCAAAUCGCAACAACGGCUAUCCCCAAGGACCAGCUGGCUUCGCAGGAGCUCCUCAGGCAAAUGUUCCUUUCACUGGGGCUCCUCAGGUUAUAGCAGCGAGGGCUUUAGGACAGAAUGGUCACCGUGGAAAUGGACUUACUAGAAGCGGUCACUACGAUCAAAGCACCCAGGCAAGGUUCAAUCAGCCCCAAGGAUACGAUGAGAAUUCGUCUGAAUUCGCCAGAAACGCUAUAGACAUCAGUUCAGAACCAGCUAACUACAAUUUUGGGUACAUGGUGAACGAUUACAAUGAAGGAACGGAUUUCGGACACCAUGAAGAAAGGCUUGAAGAUAGAGCCCAAGGGCAGUACCAUGUUGUGUUGCCAGAUGGUAGGAAACAGACCGUCAACUACGAAGCCGAUGAGCGAGGCUUCAAGCCGAAAAUUUCUUACCAGGAGUCUGACCUGGUUCGUUCCAACGGAUACGAUUUGAACGCCAACACUCGUAGCCAUGGAAACGGCUACAAGAAUGGCAGCCAUUUUGACCAGGACCGGUCUGCAUAUUGACUAAAAAUGUGGAUUUUUUAUUUUGUUCUUUUAAUUUUGUAAUAUUUUCUGUCUUUUUUGUGAUAUUUAUUAAUAAAUAAAUAGUUUAUUUGUUUUGAAAUAUGUUUAUACUAUUUACUAGUGCCUUUUUUAUAUUGCAAUAAACACAAUUAUACGAGUGUAAUCCAAAAACACA